AGGACAACAAAGAGAAAAUUAGAUAGUUUCUUUUGAAAUCAAUGCAUUAAUUAUGGAGUAAGUGCAGAGAAAGCAUUCCUGUUGUUGAAGGACCAGUAAUAAAUCAGUUCAGAAAUAAGGUGACUGACAAGAACCAAAAGUAAGCAUUGUAGAAAGUCUUUACUAGCAAUAAUUAGUUAGAAUUAGGAUAUUUCAAAUUGAAGGCUCAGGAAUGUAAGUUCAUUUGCAAUCUUCUGAAGGAAAUUUGCAGAGUAUGGCAUGAGUUGUGAACUUUUGAAGAAGAGAAACUCAUGACUUCAUUUGGAAGGACAGAAAUGUGCCGGCGAACAUUAUCCACUGAGACAGCAUCACAUUCAAAAAGAACUGUGCCUUACUCAUCACCAUCAAGCUACCAAUCAGUGCGGCCCACACACAAAUAGGAUGGAUGCGUAAGGACGGUAUGUAGAGCAGUGGCUAUUGUGUCAUCGCAUUAAAGUCACCGGCGACGAUGUGUGCAGUCUCCAGCAUUUUGAUGGUCUCGUACAGUUCCAAGAGAGCCAGUUGCUAAACCCGUGCCAGGUACAGCUUACACAAGUCCAGUUUGAUCACUGGGAUACUGAGGAAGGUGACACACCAUUGAAAUGCUCAACGUCAGAGUGCAGUUGAUAAACCGCUGAAGGAGGCGGCAGGCAACAACAUUGAGUGGGCUGACGGCUCGAGGGAGAGGGAAUGCAGGUGACGGAUCAACAGAAGUGAAAAAAAGUUUUGUUCAAUUUUGAUUUUAAGAAAGGGAAACAAUUACUUCCAUUUAAAAAUGAAUAAGCCUGGACUCUGCAGAAAGACUGUUCUGUAAAUAGCUUGACAUAUAUGCAGCUGUGGAAAGGAUGAAGCUAUCACGAGUACCCCGUUACGUUGUUUUGUACAAACUGUCUCAGACUUCCUGUUGCGCUGACGAGGGAAAGAGACGUGAUACUGUAUAGGGAUUAUGAAUCCAACUCUAGAUUCUCGUUGAAAGGAAAUAUUUAAAAAUCAUCUUCUUAUUUAUAUAAUACAACACAAACCGCUACAAAUUGCAGACAAUUCGAAAAACAGAGUCGUUGCUGGUAUUUCGCUGGAAAGAGAACGUCUUGGAUUUGAAUUCCUCACAGAUUUGGACCACCCCCACCGUUACUAAUGUGGAGAGCCCUCCCCUUCGAGGGGAACAGCGCUCUCUGGAGGCCUCUGUAAGAUCUGUCAGAAAGCAAAGAGAGAUCCCAUUUGGGGCUUAAGCUUCUUCUACCCUGACAGCUGUUUGAUUACAUUGUCCAAGUCGUAUUAUUUACCUUUUUUUCUAGAUAGGAGUUUAUUUUUAUACAUAAUAAUGCCAUUUUGUAAGAGAGUCGUGCGUCCUUUGCAAGUUUGCCGUCUGCACAGCCAGGGAAGAACGCUGUCAACCUUGGAGAAUCUGCUCGAUGUCUCCAGCUUUACUUUGGGAAGUGUCCUAAGGCAGCUCUCGGCUCUGGCGAAGGAAGCCGUGAGCGUGCUGGAAGAGAUUGAGCUGGAGAUCGGAUCUGUGUGCCAUCGGGCAUUGCUGCUGGAGGUCCGAAUCAUCGGUCUGCACAGAUACGUGUCAGCCCUGUCUCUGCGACCUGCGACACCCUGUGGAUCAAACUUGGAUCAGGAGAGUAAGAGGACUGCCCAUUUCAAGUCGUCAUGGCAACAGAAUAUAAAUGUGUUCAACUCCUCAACCAGACCACCCUGUGUAGAGGAAUUGCAUCAAGAGGCCCAGCUGAACCUCCAGUCUUUGCUCCAAGAACAGUUUGGUGAGCCAGUGAUAGAGGAUAAGGUGACUGCAAAUACCUUCGGACAAAAACCAGCUCUCAACAGAGACGUCAUUCCAGAUAGUUGCCCCAGAAAAGGGGAAAAGCGUAUGGAAUUUGUAUUGAUUCCAAGCACAAGAUCCAGCAGUGAGGAUGAGACGACUACCUUUGGCGUAAAACCACACGAACUAUUUCUGAACUCCCCAACUACACCUGACAAACCACCCAAGUGGACUCAAAGCAACCCACCGUCAACUCCAGAGGAGAAAAGGUGGAACCAGGCACAGGCAGUUCAGGCAGAUUUGGUACCCAUCAACGUGACUGGGGAGCCCCUUGAGAGGCAAGCAAACGAGCGGCAUUCUUUGUUCAACAGAGAGACCAGGUUGAACCCAAAAAGUACACUGAGGAGAAGGCGGACAAUUGCUGGCUUGUCCGAGCCAGUUCAGCCUCAGCCAGGCGCUUUUAAGGAAGAAUUGAGAUCUCCUGGUGUGUUAACAAAGACAGAGGCAAACCAGCGUCUCUUUACUUUUGAUGAAGAUAUGAGUUUUACCAAUGGGAAACAGGACCCGGUUAGCAACCUUGGGAUGGUGCAGUCAUUUCCUCCAACCCUCAGGAAGGUACAAAGUGAUCUAGGUCAAAUAAACAAUUCAAAUCUAUCUCAGUCUUCAGGGAACAUCACAUUCACAACAAACAAUCCCCAGGUGAUGCCUACAUCAUUAAGUGAACACAGCUUCUCUUCUCUCAACACUUCUUGGAAUCAAAUGAGAGGAUCUAGCUUUUCUUCUUCCUUGAACAAUUCAAGUGUUGUAACUGCACCAAGCUCGGUGUCAGUGGAGGCCUUGCAUGUUGACAAACAUGCUCCUUUGACAUUCAGUCAAACUUACAACAGUGGUCAGCCCCAUGUGCAGCAGGCUGUUGUUUCUUCAGUACAGAAGCAACAUGCUACUGUGUCCAAUCUGGUAAACCACAUGGAGAACCAAAGUUCUUCCAGUAAAGCUUGGAACGGCAGCAGUUCUGUGUCUUCGCCUCAUGUUUCAGAUAUGGCUCCAUCUGUGUCACUUCAGUGUUUGAAGCAUCCUCAACAGCAGGACUCAGGGCUAUUACUGAAUGCUAGCUCACAUCCAGAUUGCAAUGUUUCAUUAUCAACCUUUUUACCAAGUGAAGGCCAAAGACAAAAUGCCAGAAUCCCCAUGAUCAACACUUUCACAACAACUCCAGGGGAAGCAGCAGAGAAACUUCAGAAUUAUAAGGAUACAAGAACUAACCAUGAACGAAUUAUAAUUUACCCAAUUGACGGCAUAAUUGAAGAUACGGCCUCAAGCCUGGAACUCCAAGGUUACGCAAGUACGGAUGCUUGCAAAUUCCGUGAGAGGUCACUGUCAACGCCAACAGAUUCUGGGUCAUGCUGUUCAGCAGAUGCAGUAAGGUACUAUGACUCCAAGCACUAUGACCACACCCGGCGGCAUAGCGCAAAUUACAUCAUGCGUUAUCCCAGUGCCAGCUCUGAAGAAAGCCAAAGCACUGAGAAUGUCUCUGUAAUAACUGACCAGGACGGAUGCCAGAAAACAAGACCUCGGUCAAGAAGUAUCUCUUUGAAAAAGCCAAAGAAGAAGCCAAUUCCACCAGUGCGAAAUGUCUCCCUAAAGACGUGUGAGAUCAGUCCUAAUCCUGAAAGAAUUCCAUCAAACAAUUCUCCUCAAGAAAACAGGCCAACAAAGCUCUUCAUCCCUGCAGAGAAGCAGGUGGUUCAAAGUCAAUCAAUAGAUAGCAAUGAAUCUAGUGGCUUUAUAUCAGAUGCCCGUUCCAGCUCAACUACACCCACCAUGAAGGAUGGAGAACCCAUACGGUACACAGAACACUGGUUCCUUAAUGACUGGAAGUCCAAUGAUCCAUAUAGGUCCCUCUCAAACUCCAGUACUACAACAGGAGUAACUGUAAUUGAGUGUAUUAAGUCUCAAGGUAGUUCAGAAUCCUUGACGUCACCAUCUGUUUCAAGAGCUACAACUCCAUCCCAGUUAUCUGUUGAAGUGGAAUCUAAAAUGUCUUCUCCAGGGAAGCUCCCUGGUCUGAUGUCACCAUCUAGUGGUUAUUCAAGUCAGUCAGAAACGCCGACCACUUCUUUUCCUAUGUCUGUUUAUCAAGGCCAUGUGCCACAGCCAGGAGGCAAAGCAAAGCCCAAGGUACCAGAAAGGAAGUCUUCAUUGCAGCCAGUUUCCCCAAAUGAAAAGAGCCCAAAAUCAAAGCGUAUCUUUGAUUUGCCCAUUACCCCACCUCCUCAUUUGGAUUUCACAGGACUGCUGUCUUGUAAAAGCAAAGCAAAAGCCAGCAGACGGCAUUCCGAUUCCUCAAAUAUCAAUAAACCUGGCCAGAAACAUAGCCCUAACCAACCUGCUAUGCCAAUCAUAACCCAGACAGUUUUGGAAUCUGUCCGCCUUCGCUCGGUCAGCAAAUCAGAAAGUGAGGAUCAUCUGGAUGUAUUAGGACCACCACAGGUAACCCACAGUGAACCCAAUGAAACACCCCCAAAAAAGGUCCGACCACCUGUUCCAGGAAAGCCACCAAUGUCAAAAAGACCUUCAAGUAUCGCACUAAAGCUUUCUCCAAUCGAGCAUCCAUGUCCCACUACUACACUUACUUCACCAGCUUCUAGAAGUAAAGGUUCAGUCACAGUCUUCAGGAAAGUUGGUGUCCGAAGACAAAACUCUUUAGAUAGCCCAGAGAGUCAGAAGCCCCUGGGACCUCCAGAAUCUGCAGGUGCUCAAACUAUUUACAUUCAGAGUAACCACUUGGGCCAUAAACAAUCCAGUGGUGUACCAACCACCCAAGAUGAGAGCAAAAGGCUAAGUUCCACAGAGCUAACAGGGACUUCCACUCAAUAUAUUGAGAAGAAGAAAAAUAAGACACCACCUCCUGUCCCUAAGAAACCAAAUGUACUGAUUGUGCCAACAAAUACGGCGCACAUACUUGUCGUCACGGAGAGGACAGAUCAGAGCCCACUACACAACCCAGCUGGCCCUGCACGCCCUGACAAUGCAAAUGUUCCACUUGCCACUGAUGCCUCCCAUGCAGAAAGAGAGCCGAAAGUGAUUAAAGCACAUGGUCCAAGCACAGGAACCGUUGUAGCUACUGACAUUCACUUUGAAGGAAACAGAUAUAUGGAAUACAAUGAUGGGACUAGGAGAUGCCAAAACGUGCCGCUAAGCCCUGAUCUGGGUCAGAAUUCUGCAGAUAUCCCCUUGAAUCCAAAUGCUAAGCAGAGAAGUCCCACGGAUGCACAGGGUGGAGAAGUGAUGGAGGAUGAUGAUGAGGUCUUUGUCUCCUCAGGCGCCCAACGCUCCACUGAAGAUCUCUUUACUGUUAUUCACAGGUCGAAGAGGAAAGUGCUCGGCUGGAAGGAGCCCGGAGAAUCUUUCACUGUGAGACAGGUGGCUAUUUCACCUACCAAACCCAUCACAGCAGCCCCUAGCACUGGGUUCAAGCAUGCCCCCUCGGCUAAUGGAAAUGGGUCCAAAACCAGCACCAGUAAUGAGAACUUUAAGGCUCUGUUGCAAAAGAAGGGUGGCAAGCCUCCAGCAGGUGCACGUAUGUCGGCAGCUGAGCUCCUGAAAAGUACCAACCCACUUGCAAGAAGGAUUGCGACAGAGUUCACACAGGAAUCGGAGAGAUGCCAAACAGAGCCAGACUCUCCUCAAAAAGCUUCUAAGUGUUAGAGCUAAAGCAAUUCCGGGAGAGUCAGGAGAGGUGGUUCGUGACGAACAUAAAGUUUCAAUUUUUGCCAUAUCAUCAGAGCUGUAAUCUGCUAAGAAGGGAGUUAACCUUGCAGAAUAAUACACAUUGCAAACACAGAGGAUGUGUAUUGUUCAAUUAGGACCCCAGAGAAAGUUGAAAUAAUUAGUUCAUAUAUUUUAAGUGCAAACUAGUUUCGAAUCAGCGUAAGGUGAUGAUAUGAGAAGAUCUUGAUAUGAAGCGAGUUUUAAUUGAACUGGAAAAGCCUGAACUUUGAAAAUACACAAUGGAUGAGCUACAUUCCAGCCUGGCGCACUAAGUGUACUAUAGCCUUAUUGGAACUGAACUUUUAAAAAUAAGUUAUGUGCAUGACUCUGCUCUGUUUAUAAAUAUUACAUGCAUCUCCAGUUAUUACUGUAUUACUGCUUAACAACUGCUGAGUUAUCUAGCAGUAAACACAAUUUGCGUGCUCUGUGUGUGUGUGUGUGUGUGUGUGUGAGAGAGUGAGUGUGUGCACGCACACAUGCGUGUCUGUGUGUGUGUGGUGGGUAUACAUGCAUGUGUG